GCACUGCUGAGGACGCGCGCGGCCAGCAGGGGCCUCACUCCGGCUAAUCAUUUCAACAAAUGGCACCUGUUCCUCUCGGAGGAAAAUCCGGGAGGCCACGGACCUGCUGCCGCAUCCUGCUUCCCUCAAAACUCCAGUCUGACAACUUCACGAUCCUGAGAGGACGGCCGGCGAGCCCGUGUGGCAGCUCCCCACACAAAAUAAAACAGGCACCAGAUCAGCCGGAACAGGUGUUACAGACUACCGCUCGUCAGUUUGAGCCUUGAGGAAACCCGUUCGCAAACAUGCGCCUGUUCCUUCGCCGGCGCAUGUCCCCCCUGAAAUUGGCACUCUUUGGGGGGACUCUAUUCUUGGUGGCCCUUGUGGUUCUCCAGAGGGAUGUUGGCUCUUCCUCGGCAGAGGACCCCUGGUUUCAGGACCUAGUGAACAAAAAGGACAAGGUGAUCGUAAUGGUCCGACAUGCCGUCAACAACAUUGGCUUCCAAAUCGGAGCUCCACAACCGCCAUCAGUAGAGUACCAGCCCACCCAGGACGUCAACUGUCCCCCUGGAUUCUACACUCAGGCUGAUUUCAAACCUCACCUGGAGAGGCCACCACAGGACCCCAACAGCCCUGGGGCUGAUGGGAAGGCAUUUCAGAAGGACCACAUGUCCCCAGAGGAAAACAAGGAGAAGGAGGAGGGUAUGACACGGCACUGUUUCAACCAGUUUGCCAGCGACCGCAUCUCGCUUAGCCGUAGUCUUGGGGAUGACACGAGACCUCCAGAGUGCGUGGAGAGGAAGUUCCGUCGCUGUCCUCCGCUGCCGACCACCAGUGUUAUUAUCGUCUUCCACAAUGAGGCUUGGUCCACUCUCCUCAGGACGGUCUACAGCGUCCUGCACACCUCUCCUGCUUCCCUGCUCAAAGAGAUCAUCUUGGUGGAUGACGCCAGUGUUGCAGAGCAUCUGAAGAGCCAACUGGAGGAAUACGUCCGUCAGUUGAAGAUUGUCCGUGUCGUAAGGCAGCCAGAGAGGAAAGGCCUCAUCACUGCCAGGCUGCUGGGUGCCAGCAUUGCUCAGGGCGAAGUGCUAACCUUUCUCGAUGCACACUGUGAGUGUUUCCAUGGUUGGCUAGAGCCCCUGUUGGCCCGCAUAGUUGAGGAGCCCACUGCUGUGGUUAGUCCAGAAAUCACCACCAUCGACCUCAACGACUUUCGGUUCAACAAGCCUGUGGCCACCAACCGGGCUUACAACCGAGGUAACUUUGACUGGAGCCUGACUUUUGGCUGGGAGCCAAUUCCAGAGGAAGCGAGGAAGCUGCGCAAGGACGAAACCUCCCCUGUAAAAACACCUACUUUUGCCGGAGGUCUCUUCUCCAUCUCAAAAAAGUACUUUGAACACAUUGGAACAUACGAUGACAAGAUGGAGAUCUGGGGCGGUGAAAAUAUCGAGAUGUCUUUCAGGGUGUGGCAGUGUGGAGGUCAGCUAGAGAUCAUCCCUUGUUCUUUUGUGGGCCAUGUCUUCCGCACUAAGAGCCCCCACACCUUCCCCAAGGGCACAGAGGUCAUCACGCGCAACCAGGUGCGCCUGGCUGAAGUCUGGAUGGAUGACUACAAGCAAAUCUACUAUCGCCGUAACAACAACGCUGCAGUUAUGGCCAGAGAGAAUAGGUAUGGGGACAUCUCUGAUCGUCUCAAUCUGAGAGAGAGGCUGAAGUGCAAGAAUUUCACCUGGUACUUAAACACAGUCUACCCAGAGGCUUUCGUUCCUGACUUAACCCCAGAAAAGUUUGGAGCACUUAAAAACUCAGGAUCUAACACCUGCCUGGAUGCUGGCGAGAACAACAAGGGUGGUAAACCUUUGAUCAUGUACCAGUGUCACAACAUGGGAGGCAACCAGUAUUUUGAAUACUCAACUCAUAAGGAGCUGCGUCACAACAUCGGGAAUCAGCUGUGUGUUCAUGCCGCACCCAAGUCAGAGCCGGUGAAGCUCGAGCUAUGUCAGCGGAAGGGGAAGGGCACCAGUUUGUCACCACAACAGGAGUGGGUCUUUACAGAGGAAAAUCUUCUGAAGAAUCCCAGUAGUGGGCAGUGUUUAAAACUGAAAGGAGACCAGAUUCAGAUGGACCAGUGUAACGCUGAUGACCUCUACCAGCAAUGGCACUUCAGUUGACCUCCCAGUCUGCCCAUCGGGUGACCUGUAGCACCUCCUCAGACUGAGCUCAGAGGAGCCACCUGAACAUCAAUCCAUAAGGGCUUUGUGCUGUGGAGCUUGAGGCAUUUGGCCGUACUGAGUUAAUUGUUAAAGAUGAAGGACAAAGUAAAGAGAGUCACAUCUGGUGAAGAUGCUCAGGUUGGAUUUGGCUUGUUUUAAAUGUAUUUAUGAUGGAAACGCCAGUGAGACUUUUUAAGGUGGUUGGGAUCGUGGACUUCAGAAGCGGCAGCUUGACUGCGGGGCAGUGGCUGUCAACUGCAGUGAACUUAAUUCAGUGAAUUUACACUCCAGCUUGGAAAAUCACCUUUAUCUGACUUUGUUUUGUCUGACAAUGUUGUCUGAAUGUUGAAAUGAAGAAAUAUGCACUAAAGAGUAAGAAAUGUCUGUUUUUUUUAAAUAAAAAAAGUCUACUUUGUUGUGUCACCUAAA